AUGGGCUGGGAAGAUGUGGUACGUGUUUUCAAGCGGCUGAAUAAUGUUUUCGAAAAGUAUGAAAAGUUGCCCUCGUUUAUUUUGAAACCAAAACAAGUUCAAUGUUUCGAGUAUUUAGGAGAAGGACACCACGUUAUAGCUGUUUUGCCUACUGGGUUUGGUAAAUCGUUAAUUUAUCAACUUUUACCUGACUUUGUUCCAGAACGAAAGGCAGGCAAUAUUGUACUUGUUGUCUCUCCUUUAACAUCAAUUAUUCAAGAUCAGUUAGUAAAUUUAAGUAAAGUAGGCAUUGAAUGUGGUUUCUUACAACUCGAAGACCAAGCUAAUAGCCAGAGAUACGAACCCUUGUUUGAGGAAGAUUUGAAUGAUGCAUCAAAUUCUGUUUUUAAAAUUUCAAAAAGCAUUGUUGCAGGCAAAUGUAAAAUUUUAUUUGCACAUCCAGAGGGUGAAGAAUUUCGUACAGAAUUUCAAAACUUAUCAGUUUUACAAGCAUUCUUCCCUCACAGUAUCAUGUUAGCCUUGACUGCAACUGCUUUACCAACGAAAUUACGUAAUUUAAAAAAAGCUUUGAAAAUAGAAAAUUGCAAAUCCAAAUCGACUUUUUAA